AGGGAGCUGCUGUCCCACCAAACCCUAUGACCCAGAGGUUCAUCUCUCAGCAUCUCCUCAUACUGACGACCAGAGGUGUUUUCCUACCUGCAGUGAUGGGGGGUAACACCAGGAUCUUUGCUUCAGUUUGUCUGCUGCUCUGCUGGAUGCUGCUCAUCCACCCAGUCAGAGGUGGAAAUCCACCUUCACAGGUAUUCGGGACAGAUGUGGGCACACAGACUGAGGUCACAACCAUACCACUCGACAUGUCUGAGAAGGCUGUUGAUGACAUGUACUUUGGCUGCACUGAACAAAUGACGAACGAAAACAAGGACAAAGAUGAGAGAGGAAGAAAAUUUGAUGAAUGUAUAGAAAAGGCUAAAAAAACAAAACAUGAAGGUCUUCACACGAAGCACAUACAAGCACUCUGUACUUACACAUCUGAUGGGCUUUAUGGGGAUUUUAAUACAGCAGUCAGGGAGGGCAAGGACAAGUAUCUCGACAAGAACUUCAGAUACAACUCCUUACAUUUCUGGCUAACAGAUGCUAUACAGAUCCUGAACAAAGACCUGUCUAGAACAAAAAAGUGUCUGACAGUUUAUCGAAGAACCACAGUUAAAUUUAUUGGAGAAGAAAACAAGAUAAUUCGGUUAGGUUCCUUUUCUUCCACCUCUCACAGAACUGACCUGACUGACUUUGGUAAAGAAACCUGUUUUGUAAUUGAAACCUGUCUAGCAGCUUAUGUGGCAGAUUAUUCAAGCUAUAACCAGGAGGAGGUUCUGAUACCUCCAUAUGAAACAUUCAAGAUAACAAAGAAAAUUGAGAAUAAUAAAGAUAAACCUGCAGGUCUGACUGACUGUAAAGUCGUCUAUGAGUUGAAGCAUGCAGGAGGUAAAAGUGUUUUAAACUGUAAAACAUCAGGUGUAGCUGCAGCUGCAAGAGAAGUUACGCAGCAGAAUUAAAAACUAUCUUAGCUGCUGCUGAAAUAUUUACCAUAAGAAUCCAUCUGUGAGCCUUCAGCCUUAUUCAGAACAUCUCUGUGUCCAACAUGUGUCUCAGUGUGAAAUCAAUAAACAUGUUGUGAAGAAAAAAA